AUGGCACUUACCCAGAACAGACAAAGCUUGACGGAAAUCCAGCGAACUCACCAGCAAUGGUUGGAGUGGCUGAAAGAUGCCCGGGUUGCUGCACGUGAUGAUCUCUUCGGUACCUAUGCCUUUCAUGGUCUCCAAAGAACGUCUUUCAAAUCAGAAGAUGAAAUUGCUUUGCUGGCACCUCUUAUACAGAACAUCAGCAAUUUGACAGUUUCAAAAGAUACAGAUACGCGAACUACAAGUGGAACAGCAGUUGCCCAGACUUCAGCACCGAGAACUGAGGAUCCUGAACUGGCUAGAAAACGAAGCCUUUUCAAAAUUGGCCUACCAGUAGCCCCAGUGCAAGAGCAAUCCAGCGAUUCCACCAAAAAAUUGGAUCUCCAAACAGCCGAUAUACUUUCGUCAAGCCGAGCCCGGAUGCUUAUCACUCGAGAGAUGCUAGCACUGCACGUGGCGCCCGAUGAAGCAAUGGACCCGGUGCAACUGGAAAUUGCCUGUGAAUGCAUCAGAAAACGUUAUCCAGAUUUGGCACUAGUGUAUCUUUUGAAUACGAUGAAUGCAAUCCGUUGUCGCGAUAUGAACGAAGCCAGUGAAGCACUGCAGCAGUUCUUUGACUGGUCAGCGAUACGCAUUAAUGAUAGCAAUAAUCUGAGCACAUCAAUCCUCACCACUGACCAACGUCCACUGCGUUAUGCACCUCUGCUACAGGCACGGCUUGCUCGAAUUUUUGGUUUCAAGAAUCAAGCACGAAAUUUCUUGGCUGAAGCGAUUCAUCAGGCGCAAACAAGUCAUGAUUUGGUAUGUUUGCGGCUGGCGCAAGUUGAACAAGCUGCAAUUGAUGCAAUUGAAAAUUUGCGUGCUCCUGUGGGAAGUAGCAGUACAAAAGAAUCAACAGGAUAUGAUCUUUCAACGGCUUUUCUUCUGUCGUGCUCUAUCACUGAUGGUACACCGGAAGUACCGGAAACAACAGAAAAGGAUGACGACGAUGCGAAAGCAGAAAUAGCCGAUACACAAGCAUUUGUACAGCAACUUAAGGAUUGUGCCACGCUGCAGAAUUGUAUUUGCCUUGCAAAAUCGGGCGACGAUCAGGAAGGCGUGGUCCGUGGUCUUCAGAAUUGUGCUGCUGCCGAUUAUGGCGUCGAUCGGGAGCUGCAAUCACGAUUUGUACGUGAAGCGGCUCGAGCGAUUUCGGCAACCGUCAAAUUUGCCAAUGGUUUCUUCGAUGCAGCGACGAACGACUGCAACCGACUUCUCUACUUUAACUGUGGCGACGGCCGAUGGUUCAAAAGAUUUGAUACUGAAGCUCAUGUAAAUUUUUGGCUACUGAAGCAUCCCAGCUUUGUAAAGCUUACAUUUCAACUUUGGCGCCCCCACUCCUGUCACCAUGACACAUUUUCACUCUUUUACUGCAGCAGGAAGAUUGCCGAAACAUUUCUUACCAUCAUAAUAAUCUCACAAAUUUUCUAA